UUAUGAAUGACAUUGACAAGUUAUGACUUGUGAAUGAAAUAUCAAAUAACCAUUUUAUUGUAAACAAAAUGCUGUGGGCUGAGAAAAAUGAUUAUGAAUUUGUACAUAAUGAAGAAAAAGCUGGUUUUCGCAGCAAUACUUGCAAUAAGUCUGAUAAGUUGGAUAUAUUGGAGCUCUAGCGUGGAAACAAAUGAUACAUUUAUAAUACUUUCUAGAGAGAAUUAUUUGUAUCACAACUUCCUAAUUGAGCCUCGUAAUACAACUUGUAAAGGCAAACCGUUUCUGAUAAUUAUAGUGAUGUCUUAUGUAGGACAUGUAGAAUUAAGAAGUGCACAUAGAAGGGCGAUGCCACCUGAGCUUCUAAGAUCAUUAAACAUAGCAAGAAUAUUUUUACUUGCAAGAAUUCCAGAAAAUGAGAAGUUAAUAACACAAGCAGCCAUCAAAGAUGAAAGCGAAGCUUUUGAUGACAUUCUACAAGGGUCUUUCGUAGAAAACUAUAGAAAUCUGACUUAUAAACAUUUGAUGGGAUUACAAUGGGCUUCUACUAAUUGCUACAAGGCCAAAUUUAUCUUAAAAGUUGAUGAUGACAUUGUAUUUAAUUUGAAUAAAUCUAUAACUUUUAUGAAAACCAUCAAUAAAACAGAAAACCUGGUAAUGGGCUAUGUUCUAGAAUAUACUAAACCUAGACGAAACAAGGAAAAUAAGUGGUAUGUAACAUGGGAUGAAUAUUCCAGGAACUAUUAUCCACCAUACCUUUCAGGAUGGUAUUACAUCACUACUCCAAAAGUAGCGACAUUGAUCUGUGACGAGGCAACAUAUCAUCCAAAAUUUUGGAUUGACGAUAUACUAAUAACUGGCAUACUUACAGAAUCUCUUGGUUUUAAACUCCAGCAUCUGCCAAAUGACUAUUGGUUAGAGUACUAUGAACUACUUGAAUGUUGUUUAAGAGAUAUGAUAGAUAAAUCUAUAAUGUGUAAUCAUGUUGUGGGUCCAAAUGGUGGGAGAAACAAUUUAAUUGUUGAGUUCAAUGAAGCUGUUGGACAUUGUGAGAGUUGGAAAAACUGUACACAGAGGUCCAGUGAGAAACCUUUGAAAAAGGUGUGUAUUGUGAGCAGUGACAGAACUAUAUUCAGUAAUGGUCAAGGACAAGUUGAAUUAACGAAGUUAUAAUAGCACAAUCACAUAUUUCUAGUCCAAAAUAAUAGCAAAUAGUAGCAAGAGCUACCAAAUCAUCUGCCCAAAUUUCUCUUGAUUUUUUUGGUUUUAGUGUUAUUGAAAAUACUAGUUAUUUUGCCUAACUAGACUACUGUUAUUACAUGUUUUUUUUUAUAAAAGUCAGCACUUUAUUGACUAAGGUGUAAUAUGGAAUAAAAAGCAAUUUGUUCACCAUCCAAUUAUUACAAAAAUUUGGUAAAGUCUAAGGGGGCCCCCCUUAGUCUUCUAUUGUAUUUAAGGAGCUAUUUUCCUUAUAUGAUGUUUUAUUUGUUUAGAUUUUAGACCAAUUUAUUUUCUGUUUAUUUCUUGCUACUCAUUAUUUUGUUACUGAAUUGAUAUUAUUUGGACUGGUCCACAACAUUAGUGAUUUUUCAAUUAAAACCAGUUAUCAAUGUGUUAAGAUCUUUUUCAUAUACAUAUUAAAAUGUUAAGGGGUCUCCAGACCCAGGGUGAAAACAGUUAUAAACUUUAUUUUACAUUUUUAAUGUUAAUAAAAUGCUGUAAUUCACGUUUAAAAGCCCAAAUUGGCUUAUUUUAUGACAUGGUGAGUUCUAUUUAUAGACAUGUAAUUAUCUUUGUUAUUUUCCUUAUAGUUUUACUGUGGAGUAAAAUCUCAGAUAUAAUUUGAUUUUGUGUACACUAAUAGUAUAUAAAAAUGGCAUUAAGAUAGUAUAUUUGAAAUACAUAGGUAUAAUAAGAACAAAUAAAGUAUUACACUGAUAGUGCCAUGAUGUAACAGGGUUGUGAAAAAGUUAUAAUCCUUGAGACAUCUACUGCCAAAUUUUCAAUUAUAAUGCCAAUAAAAAUAAUGGACCAAGAUCAAUAAUUAUUAUCAUAAAAAUGUAUUUAUGGCUUAGUGAGAUGUGAUGUUACAUUCAAGUUGUGAAUAAAAUUAAAACAUAUGAAACUUUUGUUAUCAUUUAUUUUGAAUAAUGCAUGUUAAUAUUUAUAAUUAUUAAGAAUAGUUUUAUUUAUUAGUUAUGUGGAUGGAAACAAAGGUCUACCAUUAUCAAAAGAUUUUAUUUACUAACAAUAUUUGUUUGUAAUGAUCUACUAUUUAAAUUGAGUAACAUAUUUUUAUAAAUGUACUAAAAUAAUAUCAACUAGAAUAUGGCACAAAGAUUGCCUUAAAAAGAUGACAAUAUAAUGUAGGCUAUAAAUGAUGUAAAACAUAUGUUAUACAAAAAAAGAAAAUGCCUAGAAUUAGCUUGUACAAGAAUCUAUUAGGAUGUAUAAUACAAUCAUAAAUUGAUUGAGAAAAAUACUUAUUUUUAAUAAUAUGCAUUUUAAAUACAAAUGGCAUCAUCAGUCACAUAUAUGUUAAUAUUUUCAUCAUAGGACAGUAAAUACAAAACUGGCAUAGCCUUCAGAAAAGCUAGAACAAAAUUGUGUAUUUAUCUUCUUAUGAUAUUAAAAUAUCUCGCAA